AUGUUCUGCAUUCUACUUCAUUCACUCGUCAUUCUUGCAUCAUCUAGAAUAGCGGAUGCAGAAAUCGUCGCUCGUGAAGUACUAACAACUAAGAUAAAAGGAAACGUACAUUAUCAUGGCUUCUCAACUAGCCAUGAACUGCAUGAUAAUGUUGAGCGAAUUGUAACAAGAGAUGGAAAGCAAAUCGACCUUUGCUCCGAGCAAAACGACCCAUUUGAACCUUUUGUCCCCAAAGGAAACCCAGUUGCGUCCAUGGAAAGAAGAGCUAAUGUUAGCAAGAUAUUCAAGAAGCACAACAAGACAUACGUGUGCGGAGCCGAGAAAAAUGCGGGCGCUGUUCGUGACCGAUUACUACUGACUGGCAAGUUCAGUCAAUCCACGGAUGUACUGUUAACUAGAGAUGCAGUACAAAUAGGUUCAAAAUUGGAGGAAAAAAAAGCCCACACGCUUUGGAAUCCUGAGUGUGUGGCCUUUAGACCGAAAAGACUCGAAGAGGUGAUGGUAGGAAUGGAAAGUUAUGGUUGCAGCCGCAGCGAUGCGGACCAGCUUCCAUACAAAUAUCAAAAGGAAAAUAAUGAGCAUGCUAUAGAUCUAAUGGAAAGGGAGAUAGAGCGGCUGUCAGAAGAAAUACAAAAAUUGAGAACUCGCAAUGGCAAACUGGAUGAACUGAUGCAGAAAGAGUACGAAAACGGGGAUUUCUACUACGUGUGCUGUUCGUACAUUUAA